CAUUACACUACAUCUUGGCACUCAAACGCUUGUUCGCACAUGCGCAACACUGAAAUUCCGGAAUCUGAGGAAUAACGGGGGUUCACGAAAGGUAGAAAAGUCGGCUAUUUAUUCAACGUAAAAAUGUCGGAAUUUAAAGUGUCAGAAAAACAGUUUACGGAUGCGAAACAGACGUUUCACUUGUACCUGAAGAAGGGCACGGAGGAGGUGGCAACCAAAGACCUUGACCAGCUCUUCAAGGCCAUGGCGCUCCACAUUGACGACGACAAACUCAAGGAUUGGGCUGACGAGAUGGACGAAGACGCGACUGGUUGCAUCGACUGGGCAAAGUUCAAGAUCCUGUUUGAGAGGAAGUGUAAGGAGGACGAGGAGGAGAAGGAGCUUAAGGAGGCUUUCCGUGUCCUUGACAACCAGAAGAAGGGUGUCAUACCAGUAGACGACCUCCGCUGGAUCCUCAAAAGUCUAGGUGACGACAUCACGGAGGAGGAGAUAGACGACAUGAUAGCCGAGACUGACACGGACGGAAGUGGCACCGUUGACUACGAAGAAUUCAAAAGUUUGAUGUCUUCCGAAUGAGCUAAGCGCAAGGAUGUAUGGUUUAAAAGCCACACACUUAAAAACAAAGUCAUAUCAACGCAUACGGUCAUCCCGCAUCUCCUGAGCGAUUGGUUAUAUAAGCUCCAAAGGUGGCAUUUUGUGCAAGAUUUUGUGCGAGAUUGUUUGUGCAAGAAUUACUGAAAUAAAAAGUAUUAUGUUCUGCAUCAUAAAAUUCUAUUAGAUACAAUUCUGACCUCUUGUUAUUUCCAGUGGCCCGUAUUAAUUAGGGAUCGUUAUCUAGAGCUAAACUGUUAGUGUUUCACGUUACUACUUUCCUGCGCAACUGUCAAUUUACAACUAAACCACGCCUUAACAAUCUGCUGGCUAUUCUCGUUACUCGUUCUGCGUAUUCCUCUCACUGUGUAGGCGGAUGCGGAUAUUUUUUUUCUGGCAGUAUACUUGCCCAGUGCACGAGUUUAUCGUAUCCGACUAUGUAGUGGAUGCAUUUGCUAAUCAUCACUAGUACUUAUCUCGCACAACUGCGCUCGCUUUACUAACACCACGCUAGCUAGAUCAUACUAAAUCUGUACAAACUGCACUUGCUUUAACUCUAACCAUUGUUCUUUUGUUUACAGAGUUUUAUACCCUGAUGAUGGGAUAAUUCCACCAUCUUCAAGUAUGAAAAGAAUGAAUCACAUCGACUUUUGAGUCUCGGUUUCAAGUUAUACUUGAACAUUUUCGUUCGCGUCUUAAUAGUGUCAUACCAACGCCAUUACUAAUGGCAUUAUGUGUUUUGAUAUCGCAUUUUGACACUAGGCGGUUGCCACUUUCUAUACAUGUAUGAAAUGCUUUGUUUUUAAAAAAGGUUGAACUACCUUUUUUGUCAAAGCGCCUAAUUUAAUACUAUUGUUUGUUUUAAUAAAUGCUAACAUAUUAUUAACUUUAUAGCAAGUAUGAAUGAACUAGUGUUAAACCUUAUACACGAAAAAUACAAAUAAUCAAACAAUUUUUUAAAUGGAUGCAUGCUUCCACACAGUUUCUAUCACUUCACGUUUUUACUAACUUGUGCAAUUCCUUUAAUUCACUGCUGAACGCACGGGCACUGUUUUAAUUAACUUAAAAAACUAUCCUACUAUAUUUAUUAUUAAUGUUGCUGACGCUUACGAUUCAUGAGUGCGGGUGUUAAUAUAGGUGUUGACUUUGUAAAUAUGCCCUUGAUGAUCUUCAUAUCAGUUACAUGCGAUUAUUAUUUGAAAAUAAAUUUUCCUUAUACCGUA